AUGGAGCAAACCAGAAAGAGGGAGGGUGAUGAACUAAACGACGUCGACGACUCAUCAGUCAAAAGGCCACGUCCUACAGAGGAGCCCGGUGGCGGAGAUUUAGGGGAUGAUAUAAUAGCUUGGCUGUCGAUGGAGGAUGACACUGUCACAGUGGGUGACCUCGUUAACUUUUUAGACACGAAACCUCUCACCAGAGUCAAGUUCAUCGAGAAUCCUUACACCUCACCCUUGAUGUUUCAGUCGUAUUCCUCUUAUGUUACCAUCAACGGCAACGAAGAGACUUGCGGCUCAUCCUUUUCCGACUCCGAGUCCUCACUCAUGGUGAGCGUGGACAUUAGAGGGAUUGUCAACGUUGCACUUGGAACCCGAGGUUCAAAUGGGGUGGUGGGCGAGGAGGAGGGUGGUGGGUUUUUGAAGGGAGAUGAAAUGGACGGCUCUGAUUUGGAUGAUUAUGUGCUGGCCAGGUUUAUGGGUGAGGAGGUUCUUUAG